CUGUACAAAUCGAAUGGCCCCAGCAUCUCAACCAAUCAUAUCACACUGCUUCCAAAAAAUUAAAAGGAAACCCCGACCCCGAUAGGCCAGCCUCAUCACCUUAUGGGGAGCUAGAGUUGCUGUCCGACAUUCCAACCCCACGCACGAACUUACCUGUUGAACACAAUUUCCAAAUAAUCCCCUUUCUUUCUCUUGCUGCCUUUCCAAAUAAAUAAUAAAUUCAAUGUUAUGACUGGAAAGAUAUACUCACCGAGUAUUCAUCUGACAAUGUAAGAGCCUGGUGCCUUUGUUGUGACGAGCCUUUGCUAGGGAUUACAUUACCUUGCCUUAUUACAUCGUUUGAGGUGUCUUUCCCCCAAUCGUAUCAAUCGCGAACUCCGGUCUCACCUACCUUGCCUUUCUUAACAACCCCCCCAACAACUAUCCUUUUAAACUUUCGCACCUUCAUUUUUUACUUCUACUUUCUGCGAAAAACAUACUGUCUACAGUAAUACAGUAUUCUCACCCGAUCCUUACUCAAGAACCUUUAGCGAAAAUGGUGGCCGACGAUACUUACGAGAUCUGCCUACCCAUCCUCGAAGAUGUCACCCUCGAGGAUGAAGACAAGACGGAUAAAUUGGAGGAGCUGCUCAAGAAAGAAACUACUAUGACAGGGACAGUGCUGGAGAAUGCAGUUUUAGAUGUAUUAUGGCGAUAUCGCGAAAGCGCCGCGAACGCCAACUCACCCCCGGCAAUGCGACAUACGGUCCUUCGUCGACCAUCUCCCGCUCCAUGGCAGAUUCCACGUGUUGGAACACCAGUAUCUUCAUCCCCUCGUCUUGGAGUCAGCCCUCUCGCUCCCCACGGGUUUAUGCCACAAUCCUUCUCUCGGACCAAGUCUAUCCAGGGUUCUCCUUUCACCUCACCACGACCGUCCCCACGACUCGCGUUUUCCAGCCCUGCGAUCCCUCAUAGUCCAAACUUAAACGCAUACGAGUUUCCGACCGACACUAGCCCUACGCAGGACAUAUAUGGAGACUAUGGAAGUGAAAAUGUAGACUGGCUUGUGAAUGAUGAUGCUGUUAGUAUUACAUCAUCGUCCGUCGGAGGAAGCGGACUUAACGCUGCUGCUGCUGAAUAUAUCUCGCCGCAACAAAACGAUAUGAGCUCCCAUGAAAUGUUAAGGUCAAUUUUUGGUCCUUCUAAAUCGGUUGAAGAAAUCGAAGCUGCCCUUGCUUUACAUGGAUACGAUUUGAGCGCUACCAUUACUGCGUUUAUGGAUAGUCAAUCGGCUGAUGCUACAGUUCAAGCAGAAGGAGAUGGUACGAAAGCUAUCUUGAUUGGUAAGUCUAUGGCAGCGGAUGUGCCUCGACCGAACACCCCAGCCGGUCAGCAACGAAGUGGUGUUGUCUGUCGAUUUUGGCUAUCUACCGGACAAUGUCUACGUGCGGAUUGUAGAUUUAGUCAUGAUUUGAGUAACCACAUUUGCAAGUAAGUUUCCCUGCAUUCCAGUAGAUUUACAUUCCCUCAUCCUUUUACAGGUAUUGGGUCAUGGGCAAUUGCCUCGCGGGAGAUACUUGUAUUUUUAGCCACGAUCCCUCAUCAUUCAUGAGCAGACUCUCUCUCGAAGGGGGCAGCACACCCCCAACUCAGAAUUCGCAACCCAGUUUUCAAUUCCAGGAUUAUAAUGCUUUCCCAUCUCUACAACCAAUGCAAGAGCAGUGGCCAAAUUCUUAUUCGUCGGCGAAUGCCUUCAGCAACUAUCAGCAGGGUGGCUUUACUCCGCCACCUGGCUUUAAAAGUCUACAAGGCUAUAAUAGUGAUGGGAGUCAGCGGUCUCGACCAAGUAGUCGAGCUAGAGACGGCCCCACAGCUCCAGCUCUGGAUGAUACAGAGGCAUUUCCAUCGUUAGGUGCUGUGACUGCGAAGGGCAAAAAGCAUCAUGGGAAACGAGGUGGUCAUGGACACAAUCAUAAAGAAAAUAGCAGCCCAAGCUCUCUUGCCGAUGUGGUGAAGCUGUCGCCUUCACCAGGCCCUGGUAUGAUGCAAGACAAGAGGAAAAUCGGUAGAAACGGCAGCUCUAACAAUGUCCGCAAUGGCGAGAACAGCGCUGCUGCGCAAGCUAUUUCACCACCUCAACAUAUUCCGUGGUUAGAAACCGGAGACAGAGCCAAUAAAGCAUACCUUAAAGCCAGACAAGAUGCAAUUAAGCAUGGUGGUUUGAGGAACAAAUUCUUACAAAGGUUGGUCAAUAUAUCACGUUAUACGAAAUUAAUAUUAACAAUUUCCAGUGCCGCCCAAGCUUGGAACCGUAAUGAUGCCCGUGCUGCAAAAGCACUUAGUCUUCGUGGUCAAAGUGAGAAUGAUCUCAUGAGAAAAGCACACCGAGAGGCAGCUCGUGAACUUUACGAAGAACGUAACAAGAGCAAUUCCCCAAAUGCAGAGCUUUACGUUGACUUGCAUGGUCUUCAUCCCGAAGAAGCUGUCGAGUAUCUGGAACGUGUUCUACUAGAUAACAGCAGGGAAUCAAGACCUGUAUAUGCCAUUACAGGCACUGGUCACCAUAGCAAGAACGGCAAAGACAAGGUUGGUAAAGCCAUUCGUACAUUUUUGAACGAAUGGAGAUACGCAUACCGCGAGUUUUCAGUGCCCGGUGACAGAAACAACGUAGGUGGCAUUUUGGGCAUUGAUGCUAGAUCUUAUGACAAGACACUAUCUAGGGAAAGCAAUGGAGCAGAUGAUGCAAAGGAAGAGAUUGAUAUUUUGAGUCAAGGCCAUGAGAUCGGUGGCGGGAAAAUCAAACUUCUAGUGCGAAACCAAGAUCGAAAUCAAGAUGUUCCAAAGGGGCCCAGUGGUAAGGGCCGAUGACCUAGAAAUAAAGAAUAAAUAAAUUAUUAAACAAUCUGAA